UCCCCCAUACACUGACAUUUCUUAUUUUCUUAUAAUUCUUAAAAAAAUUACCUAGGGUUAGGGUUUAUAAUGUCUACCACUACUAAUACUCCGGCGGCGGCGGCGGCGGCAACAACAUCAGAGAAGAAGAAACCUGUGUUUGUGAAAGUGGAAACCCUAAAACCUGGUACACAUGGUCAUAAUUUGACUGUUAAGGUUGUUAAUUCGAAUACUGUUAAGGCUACCGGUGGUGGCGGCGGCGGGCGUGGUAGAGGAUUAGCGUCGUUGAAUUCUAGGGUUCCGCCAAGGAUAUCUGAGUGUCUUAUUGGUGAUGAAACUGGCUCUAUACUAUUCACUGCUCGUAACGAACAAGUUGAUUUAAUGAAGCCAGGUGCUACUGUGAUUCUGCGGAAUGCGAAGAUUGACAUGUUCAAGGGUUCCAUGCGACUUGCAGUAGACAAAUGGGGCCGCGUUGAGGUUACUGAACCAGCUGAUAUUGCUGUUAACGAAACAAACAACCUUUCGUUAGUUGAGUAUGAAUUGGUGAAUGUUGAAGAGUAGAUGAACUAAUUAGCAGCGCGGUAGUUUUAAGUCGUCGAGUCCAAUUCUUGUUUUUAUUGUUAAUUAUUGCAUUCCUUGAAUUCUAUGGAAUUUUAUGUGCGAGAAUGCCAGCAUUUCGGCCCUCCUUAUUCUCUGGGUUUUGCUCUUAUGUUUCUCUGUUGCAUGAAUAUUCAAACUUGUUCUUUUCAGUAAAUAGAGAAUGAGGCAAGUGAUCAGUUUCUCAA